AUGGCCCUGAGUGAUGUUGAUGUGCAGAAGCAGAUUAAGCACAUGAUGGCUUUCAUUGAGCAGGAAGCCAAUGAGAAGGCAGAAGAAAUAGAUGCCAAGUCUGAGGAAGAGUUCAACAUUGAGAAAGGACGCCUUGUGCAAACCCAACGACUGAAGAUUAUGGAGUAUUAUGAGAAGAAGGAGAAGCAGAUAGAACAGCAGAAGAAAAUCCAGAUGUCCACCAUGAGGAAUCAGGCAAGGCUGAAAGUCCUGAGAGCCCGAGAUGACCUUGUCUCAGAGUUGCUGAAUGAUGCAAAGCUGAGACUCAGCAGGGUUGUGGCAGACCCAGAAAUCUACCAGGGGCUGCUGGAUAAACUAGUGCUUCAGGGUCUGCUCCGACUGCUGGAGCCCGUGGUAAUCGUACGCUGCAGGCCACAGGACAUCCUCCUGGUGGAGGCUGCAGUGCAAAAAGCCAUCCCCGAGUACAUGAUAGUCUCCCAAAAAUGUGUGGAUGUCCAAGUUGAUCAAGAGGUGCACCUGGCUAUGAAUGCAGCUGGAGGUGUGGAGGUCUACAGUGGCAAUCAGAGAAUAAAGGUUUCCAAUACCCUAGAAAGUCGACUGGAUCUCUUAGCCCAACAAAAGAUGCCUGAAAUACGAAAAGCCUUGUUUGGAGCCAAUGCCAACAGAAAGUUUUUCAUAUAA